CGUCUGUGCACCACUUCAAUCUGAUUCAUUCUAGCGAGCGAGCGAAUCAAAACAAUGAAGGCAAUCAUUCAAAGAGUGACAACAGCGAGCGUGUCAGUGGGAGAGGUGCCCAUCAGCUCAAUAGGCAGAGGACUGUGUGUGUUGCUGGGUAUAUCCAUGGAGUACACACAGACGGAUGUGGACUACAUGGUUCGCAAGAUCCUCAACCUGCGUCUCUUUGACGAUGAGAACGGCCGGGCGUGGAGCAAAAGCGUCAUGGACAGGGAAUAUGCAGUCUAUAACUAUAUUACGAGCUACGGGCAGUUUGGGGCCUACAUGCAGGUUCACAUCCAGAAUGACGGACCAGUCACCAUCGAACUGGUGUCUCCUUCUGCUCCCAUGGACCCCAAACAGCUCGCUAAACAGGAGAAACAGCAGCAGAGGAAAGAGAAGCAGCGCUCUAAAGGACCCUCGGAGUCAGGCAGGGAGAGGGCCGCCCCGCGCCCCAGAGCCCAGGACCCUAACGCCAGCAGUGGAGCAGACGGAGACGUGUCGUCAGAGAGGGAGACAUACAAAUAAAGAACCCAUAAAGUUGUCAUCUGUUUGAGGGUUGAUGUCGAGUCAAAGUAGUGGUAUCUAGUGCUGUAUGCAUCUGCUACGAAACGCUUGACGUCACUGGCCCUUUACCACAGCUUCUGGAUUUCAUCUCUGUAUUUAUUGCACACAUACAGUACAUGGAUGAAAUAGAUCCACUUCAAUCCACAUUGGUGUAUGUUGUACUGCACAUGGUCCUUGGUCGCUCCAUGUUAUUGUUGACAUUGUAGUGAAAUCCAGGAGGAGGCUGUUUCUUAUACAAGUGUUCAGAUCUCCGGAUUAGAGGGCUCUGCUCUUAUUCAUCCCUAGCGUUUGUUUACUAAAAACAGAGAAGUGGAGUCACUGCGUUAGUCAGCCCGCCCCUGCUUGCUCGCACGAGGGAGCCUGUGUUGUGGUGUGUUCGCGACUACGCCUUACCCCGUGUUGGGGUCAAAUACGCAGUGACCCGUGGUGGAGUUGGUGUGGCUUCGGAGCGAACACACCACCACACGACGUCACUACUGGGUGACGCGUCCUCUCUUUCAUAACCAUGCACAUACACUUACACACACACAUUAUACACACACGGUACAUACAAUAUAUGUCAUUUAGAGACACAACACACACACACUGUGCUCCCCUCACUUUACGAGACAAAAAGAGAGAAGGAAGCUGGAGAGAGGGGGGCAGGCUGCGUAAAUAUGCCGCAAAACAUCAGCAAGGCCUCCCCGAGAUGGUUGCAUAAGGCCACUUUGUCUGACAGCGAGCGAAAGACGAGGGAGGGGGGAGGGAGAGAUUGAGCAUUGUUUUCAUUUUUUCACUUUCGGGGGGGAACGCAAAGGCAUCAGUUCUCUGUGUGAUAAGCAAGCUCAGACUUGAACUUGAACGUAGAGAAAUGCUCACUCUCCUCCUCAUCUCUUCCUCUCCUUUCCUCUCCUCUCUCUCGCUUCUUCAGUUCCGUCGCUUCAUUUUUUUAAAGGGGAACUUUGUCUCCCUGAGGUUUGCUUACUAUGACUUAAAAAUGAGCAGUGUGCACCACUGUGUGUGUCUCAGAAUGAUUAGAGUCAGUUUGUGACAAGUCUUCAUCCUAUCUUCCCUUACUUCCUUCCUGCAAUGUUCUAUUUAAAUGAAAUGUUCUUGUGGUUCUGUUACUGCAAGACUCCUCAAGCUCUCAAUACUACAACUACUGCUCUUACAACAGCCACCACUCCUACUAAUGCUACUGUGUCCAGUGCUGCUGUGUCUAAUGAUUUACAAUAUUGAUGAUGGGAGGAGCCGGAGGAGCCCAGUCUGCCAAAAUGGACUUCAUCUGCAGAGACUGUGAGACGUGACUCUGGACUGUCCUCCUGGAAGAACGUAUGGGCCUCUUCCUCUCCAUCUUUCUCUACAACAUUGGCUGAUUCUGCCUUGUACCCUCUCUGCCACUGUCUUCCUCUACUCAAAGACAUGGAACCUUACACCCAAAACCCAAAGGCACAUAUGACAGAGAGGGCUAGUGGCAUCACAAAAUGGAGAUGCAGGACAUUCUCUCAACUUACUUUUGGAGUUAUUGUCUUAAUCCAGACAACACAUUUAAUAUUUAUGAAUGUUGUGAACAUGAUAUGCUAUACUGCUGUUUAGUGGAUUUGAAAGUAAAUGUUGUAAUUUUAUAAAAGAAGACAUGCUGUG